AUGGGGCCCCCGGGCAAUAGGGGAUCAUGGGGCCCGUGUCCUUGCCCACACUCAAAGCACACCCAAAAAAGCCUAUAAAAAGGUGUCAGGGGCAUUUCAUGGGUCCCCCUACUGACCCAAGGCCCUCGGGCAGUGCCCAAGUGUUCAAAUGGUCAGUCCGCCCCUGGGUGGACUGACAAUCUAUAGGGCCCCCGGGGCAAUAGAGGAUCAUGGGGCUCCUGUGUCCACGCCCACACUCAAACCACACCCAAAAAAGCCUAUGAAAGGUACCAGGGGCAUCUCAUGGGGCCCCUUACUGACCCCAGGCCCUCAGGCAGUGCCCAAGUUUCCCCUGAUUGUACACAAUGUCCUCCCC